AAUUAAACUUAUGUUCAAAUUUGACAGAUGAUUUCACAUUCAAAAUUUUCGGUGAUAAGACUUCAUUUUCCAUCAUUAAAAAAACAUGUCAUUCAUUAAAGGAACACCCACAACAUUUGUAUUGUCAAAACUGCAACAUAGUAAAAUCAAUGGUUCUCCCCAUCACACAAAGAUUCCCCUCAUAAAUCGUUAUAUUUCAAUUUUUCAUCAUCUUAAUAAAGAAUACAAAGCACCAAAUGAUCCAACUAAUAGAAUUCGUGAUACCAUGGUAAAAAUAAUCCGAGAAGAAACAUUUUGGACACGAAAAAAGAGCCAAAGAAACGAUACAGAGAUAAUAGAUAAAAUAAUUAAUAUGACUAAUUAUUGUUUUGCUAAUUCAGAAGAUUGUCCAAGAUUACGACGAUGCGUUGAGAAAGCUGAACAAGAAAUCAAAUAUAUAGAAAAUCCACAAGUUAAACGGCUGAUGAGGGAUACAUUAAUUAAGUCUAGAAAUGUAAGAUGAACUUAUGAAAAAUCAUAUGAAUUCGACUUUAUGAGUUUGAUUUUGAGUAAUAGGAUUUGUAUUUAUAAAAAAUAACACAAAAAUACG